UGACUCUCUUUCCAAUCUUCCUUCUCUCUCUCAAGAUUUCGCCUUUCCAAAGUUUUGGAGAGAAAGAGUUAAGGGUCCGUGAGUAGGAAGGUUGAUCACACUUCACGCCCCUUUAACCAACCAUGUCUGAUUUAGCUAAAGAAGCCUAGAAAUACUUAUAACAACUCCAAGUACACCCACUGAGACCAAAGGCUAUUACAGCUGGUAUUUUAGCUGGGUGUAGCGAUGCAGUUGCCCAGAAGAUUUCUGGGAUCAAGAAGCUUCAACUGAGACGAAUGCUUCUCCUUAUGUUUUAUGGAUUUGCAUAUGGAGGACCAUUUGGGCAUUUCUUUCACAAAUUGUUGGAUAUUCUUUUCAAGGGAAAGAAGGAUAACAAAACUGUUGCCAAAAAGGUGUUAUUGGAACAAGUAACUAUUUCUCCUUGGAACAACUUUCUUUUCAUGGUGUACAUUGGCUUGUUCGUUGAAGGGAGACCAUGGGGUCUAGUCAGGAAUAAAGUUCGGAAGGACUACCCUUCUGUUCAAUUUACUGCCUGGAAGAUUUCGCCUAUAAUUGGUUGGAUAAACCACCGAUAUGUCCCACUGCAGUUCCGCGUCUUAUUUAUUAGCUUUGCUGCUUCAUGCUGGUCUAUCUUCCUCAAUUUGAAAGCAAGAUCUGUUGCAAUCAAGAAGGACUAGAGGGAGGAGGAAGUGUUUCGUUUGGUUUUAUUUAUGUGUUCUUUGUGUUUAGGACUCUUAUUCAGUGGAAAAACUUCUCAAAUAUUAUGUCAUUGCAUAAUUAACUUAGUUGAAUGAAUUGUUAUCAUUUAUAAUAAGAGUAGAGAAUUUUGUUGAUGUUAACAUGCCAACUAC